AUGAUAGGAAAUGGAUCACCUCUUUUUACUAGAAAAGCUGGAAAAGAUUCAUCAGAUUGGGUUUUAGAAUUCAAGAGAUUUGUAAUUGCAUCUCGAAUAAACAUUAUAGCUGGUGCAGAAGGAGUUGCUGGUAGAGCAGAAUUAUAUGAUUUAGUUAUAUCAUGUAUAAUUGGUGAAGCAAAAACCUGGUUCGAGAAUGAAAUCAAAAGCUUAAAAAGUAUUAAUACAAAUCAGUUUCUUGAAGAAGCAUUAGUUGUAAGAAAUAAUGCUGGAGAUAAUAAUACAAUAACUGGUGCUAAUAUUAUUCCAGUGGAAACUCCAUCCCCAGCCAAUUAUGCAAAUGCUGAUGCAGGUAAUUCAAUUGUUGCACCUGAAAUAACUCUUGGACAAUUUUUAUACUGCCUUGAAUAUCUUUAUCCCAUGGUUGAAGUGCAAAAAAAUUUGCUUUUCUUUGGUCAGAUUGUGCAAGGAAGUAUGUCAAUACUCGAGUAUAAUGCCAAGAUAUUAAAACUCAGAAAACUUGCUGGAUUACCAGAAUCAAAAAUGAGAGA